CAGACCCAACUCGAAGCUUAUAUUCAUUCAGUAUUUCAUACGUCAGUCGCUGAAUCCAACUUCAUGGUGUGUCAACGUGAGCUUUUCACUACAAUACUUGCCAAUUAAAAUGGCGCACUAAACGCAUUUAAUUUGGCUUCCCAAAAUAUGAAGUUCUGCUUGCUGUGUGUGGUGCAAGAAGGGACAUCUUCGGUGGUGCUGCGGACCAAGAGGCUCUCUUGACUUGAGUCUCUUUAAAGCAUCAUGUUGUGGGCUUGGCCAUUCCUGCCUGCUCUGAUGCUUCUGUCAGAACUCUCCGUCGUGACAGUUCAGACGGCGCCAUGCCAGACCUGCCAGAAACUUGCUGAGAGUUUUGUUAAGGGCUUGGAGAGAACGGCUAACAAGAACUUUGGGGGAGGUAACACUGCUUGGGAGGAAGAGAAGUUGGCUAAGUAUGCACGCAGUGAGACUCGUCUCCUUGAGAUAGUGGAGAGUGCAUGUGAGAAAGCAGACUUUGAAUGCAACCAACUGCUGGAGCAGAUAGAGGACCAGGUGGAGACAUGGUGGUUCCACAGGCAGCAAGAGUCUCCUGACCUUUGGGAGUGGCUGUGCAUAGAGGAGCUGAGACUCUGCUGUCCACGUGGGCACUUUGGACCUGACUGCAAAGAGUGUCCAUUAGGCCCCGGUGGUGUAUGUGGAGGUUUGGGCCGCUGUGAAGGUGAAGGGACUCGCAUGGGAGAUGGAGAAUGUGUCUGCGAUCCUGGAUAUUCAGGGCCCCUGUGCCAGAAGUGUGCUGAUGGCUACUACAGAGAGAAAAGCGUUAAUGGCAGCACUGGAGCCUGUGCAGCUUGCUUCCACUCAUGUAAAAAAUGCUCAGGGCCGCAAGACUACAAAUGUCUUGACUGCAAACCUGGUUGGAUGCUUCACGACAACAAGUGUGUGGACAUUGACGAGUGUGGUACGGAACUGUCUCGUUGUCCUACUAACACAUACUGUCACAAUACGGACGGAUCCCAUGAGUGCAGAGGUUGUGACCAGGCAUGUGUGGGCUGCAUGGGUAGUGGUCCUGCCCGCUGUAAGAAAUGUGCACGUGGCUACAAAUUGAAAGGAGCCAAGUGUCUCGACGUGGAUGAAUGUAGUGAACGUGCAAUAGCAUGCCCAGGACUCAAUGAGGCAUGCAUCAAUGAAGUAGGCUCCUUCCACUGUGACUGUGCUGACGGCUUCAUCAGAAGAGAUAGCAUUUGUGUUGAGAAUAAACCUCCUGCUGGUCCAGAGAAGGGACUGUUUGACGACAUGACAGACGACGAAGUACUUGUUCUGCAACAGAUGUUCUUUGGUGUCGUGAUCUGUGCCCUGGCGACACUGGCUGCCAAGGGGGACAUGGUUUUCACUGCCAUUUUUAUUGGCGGCGUGGCUGCUAUGGCAGGCUACUGGCUGACUGAGAAGGGGGACUACAUGUUAGACGGAUUCCUGAAGGGUCGGUAGUCUGUUUGACGAAGAGCCUGGAGUUGCUGCAUGUAAGUUUGAACUAAUGACAACUCAGCUGAUACGUAUAUGUAGCCGUGAAUGAAUCCUAGUGGGAUUCAAGCGUGUUGGGCAGUCACUGGAAAGGUCUUUAGAACAUUUAUAUUCACUGAUGGAGAACGUCUGAACCUGAAGGCGAUGGCACUGAGGAACGUGAGGAGGAAUGAAGCUACACUGCACUGACUUUUAAAGGAAUAGAACUGAAUUCAGUACCUCGACAUUUGUUGGGUGGAAGGGUUUUGCAAAGACCACUACUGAUUGUUCAAAUCAUCUACUAUAUACAAUAACUGAUCCUCAACAUGUUAUUUUUCCUCUGACCACACUAUCAUGUCCAUUGUUUUUUCCGAUCUCAAUGCUGCGAAGUACGGAAUACCAGUGAAGCUCAUCACAACUCUGGGAAGCAUGUACCAUAAACCACUGAUAACUUUUAUUGUAUGGUUUAUGUUUGACCUCAAAUUGACGUUAGUCUUUUAAUUGUUCUUUUUAGUAACAAUGCAUGACACUGACAUGAAAGAAACUACAUGAUAUGUAUUAAUUAAUUGUCUUUGGCAUGGAUGACAUACAUAUAACACAUACAGAAUCACGCCACUGCUAGUAAGUGUUCAAGGGAAUUUGGCUAUUGGUAAAAUACUAGCUCCAAUUAUGAUGGUGUGAGCCAUUUGGGUGGUCUUUAAUUUAUUUGUUUUUAUAUAAGUUUUUAUUUCCAUUCUGUUGUGAUAUCCUCUGUGUCUACUGUUGUUAAUUUAUAAUAUCAAUGUCAUUUCAGGGCAUAUUGUAGCGUCAAUUUUAAAAAAAAAAGCUUUUUUCACCUGUUUAUCUGACUUAACUUUUGUAGUGUCAUAGUCAUCUCAAGGUGAGAGUUGCUUUGCCUACAGCAUCCAUCCAUCUUCUAUGCCGCUUAUCCUCACUAGGGUCCCGGGUACGCUGGAGCCUAUCCCAGCUGACUUCAGGCGAGAGGCGAGGUCGCCAGCCAAUUGCAGGGCACAUAUAGACAACCAUUCAUACUCACAUUGAUACUGUUACGGCCCCGUAGUAGGGAGAGAAGGACACGUAACAUAAAAGGACGGACAGGAUGGGUGAUUUGGCGUGAUUUUAUUUACUAACUAAAGAAAUGUGGUUUAGCGUCAGUCCAUUAAUUGAACAGAAAUUCAACAGGCCAACUAGGCCUGAGUCCACCGAUGAAGUAAGGGCGCUUGGAAUGGUUCAGCCGGUGGGGUGUGGCGAGGACGCAGUGGUCGGAGCUGUGGUGAGCUGGUGUGCUUUGGAGGAGUGAGAGAGAGAGAGAGCGACGUCAGGGUCCACUCCUUGAUCUUCCGGCUGCGCCCCUGACUGGCCAAUGCAGACCUGCAAACAAUUAAAGAUUGCAUACAAGAGGCCGGGGCGCACGCAAACGGCAUGUAACACAUAUCUAUGGACAAGUCGCCACUUAACCUAACAUGCAUGUUUUUGAAAUGGGGGAGGAAACUUGACUACCUGGAGAAAACCCACCCACGCACGCACGGGGAGAACAUGCAAACUCAACACACAAAUGCGCAAUAGAGAUUCGAACCCAAAUCUUCCUGCUCUCCUGACUGCAUGGCCAACAUGGUAUAGGCAACUGUGCGGCCCUGCUUUGCAUAGUAUUUUUUUAAAAUACUUAAUGUUCAACUGUAUUGUCAAUUGUCCUUUUAUUGUUACAUAAAUACAUCGUGUGGAAUAUUUUUUUGUGAUUGGUAGUAAGUACUGUAAGUUUGAGUGAUAGUCAUAUGGUCAGAUUAUUUUUAAGCAUUCAAAAGAUGGUCUAGAAUCUGCUGCAUAUUUUUGCGGUGCUGGAGUGUGAGACAUCUGUGGAGGCUGUGUUCCGACCUAUUUUAGCGUUCCACUCCAGUUGAUGGGGUUGAGGCGCAGCAUCUUCCUCUCUAGCAGGACCUCCUGGGAGUGUGUUAGUGCUUUGUCCCUCCACCUCUUCUCCAUUAGCUACAGAAAUACCAGCACAGAUGAGACCUCACUCACCACCACUUGCCAGUGUUUUAACCCUAUUUUAAGACACCCUUGUGACGGCAAUGAGAAUAUGAGUACCCGCUUGUUCUCAUCUCUGUAGGAUGACAUUAUUUUCCUGUGUUGGAGCGUUUGGUGUCUUUCUGUCAACAGGGCCAGGUGGUCCACCUCACGCAGAUACUGUGCCUCUUUCACCCUGCUGGCCAGCUGCAGCUUCAGUGGGACACUUUUCUCGUCUAUCUGUCUCUUGAGCUGCUCACGCAAGUUCCUCCUGCAACAUAUCGACAGCAUGUGGCGCAAUCAUCCUCAGUCAGGGUCAGAAAACGUGAAGCAAAGACUAAUCGUUACCUGUACUCCUCUUUCUCCACACUGGUUCCAUAGAAGGGUUUUUGCCAUACUUGAUGAUACCUGUCACAUCAACGAAGAAGUUAGCACUACAAAUAAAUCAGUCUUUUGCCAGAGUGUGCCAACCUGUUAUACUCUCUCUUCUGCAUGAUCAGUGUCCUCUGUUGGUUGUGGUGAUGAGCAACUGGAGUCUCCAGACUGACGGUGCGUUUACUGACCAGCUGUGGGCACAAAGGGUUCAGCCUUGGAAUAACCUAUAGAAAUGAUUUACUUUUAGUUUUUAAGUCGAAAGCACACCAUCAGUCAACUUGGCCUGCUGACCUGAUUGCUUGUGCACAGGUGGCCAGAGGCGUCUGAGAUAAGAGGAAAUGUGAUGGGGGUGACAGCCUGACUGCAGCUCUGCUGGAUGGAGCAUGUACGAGAAGGAUAGCAUACUGGUGUGGCAGCUUUGGAAAUGGCAGCUGUUGUAACGGAGCCGAAAGUGAGCAGAUUUGUAUCUGACAUCUUCACUAUAAACAAUAUAAGAGAAUUAUAUUAAAAGCUGUUUUCUUACGGAGUUUCAUUGUGUCGCUCAGACUCUUCCCUCUGGUUUCCUGCCUAAAAGUCCAAUCUUUGUAGGAAGCAACUUAGCAAAGCAAAACAAUACACAAAGGCAUUUCCCACUUAAUGUACAUUAACAAUAAAUCUAUUUGUAAUGUAAAUAUAGCCAAAUGAGUGUUGCUUCUAGUUACACAUUAAACUAUGGCAUGCCUCCGCUCAAGUACUCCUUUUGCAAUGGCAACCGUAACCAUGGAAACCAGGUUUCAACAAUGCUAGUGUGUUAAGUCAUCACCGCUAACCCUGACAAGUGAUCUAAAUACUUCUGCUUGUUUCUUUUACAGUUGGGGAAAUAUGUAUUUAUAUAUUAUAUAUUAGGUUUACCCUUUUACAAAGAUAGAGACAGUCUAGGCCGCACGGUGGUCUAGUGGUUAGCACGUUGGCCAACACAGAAACAGCCUGGAAAUCGGGAAGACCUGGGUUCGAUACUCCCUUGGGCAUUUCUGUGUGGAGUUUGCAUGUUCUCCCCGUGUGCGUAUGGGUUUUCUCCGGGUACUCCGGCUUCCUCCCACAUUCCAAAAACAUGCAGGUGAGGUUAAUUAGCUUAGCUUAAUUGGCGGCUCUAAAUUGUCCAUAGGUAUGAAUGUGAGUGUGAAUGGUUGUUCGUCUAUAUGUGCCCUGCCAUUGCCUGGCGACCAGUCCGGGGUGUACCCUGCCUGUCGCCCGAAGUCAGCUGGGAUAGGCUCCAGCAUGCCCCCGCGACCCUAAUGAGGAUGAACCGGUAUAGAAAAUGGAUGGAUGGAAACAGUCCAGAAUUUUUAUGGUAGGUUCAUCAUAAAAGAUACAGAAUGUAAACUAACAAAAAAUGAACGGUUAUACAUUCAUUUGUAUUAUGAGAGAAAUAAUUAUUUGAUCCCCAAGUAGAACGUUACUUCGUACUUUGUGGAGAAACCCUUGUUGGCAAGCACAUGGUCAAACUUUUCUUGUAGUUGCUCACCACCAGGGUUGCACAUACACUCCUGAUAAAAAUCUUAAGACCAGUUGAAAAAAUGCUAGAAUUUGCAUUUUGCACAUUUGGAUCUUAAUGAGGUUUUAAGUAGAGCUACAAUAUGCAAAAGCAAGAAGGGGGAGCGAGACAAAAGGUCUUUGAAUUUGUUUUUUAAACCCUUUUCCUGCAGAUGCCGUCUGAUGGUUAUUGCGCUGCAGGCUGCACCAGUAAGGGCCUUAAUUUGGGUGGAAGAACACCCUGUGUCUUGAUGGACAGCCAAUUGGAUCCUCCGGCUCAGCGCAGGUGUGAUUUUUUCUGGGUCUACAACUUGAUGUUUUUGUUCCAUAAUGCUCAGGAUCUUUCAAAAAAAUUUUGAAUGACUGAUUUACUGUGCCCAACCUUAGCAGCAAUGGCACGCUGCGAGACAAUCCAACCAUGUUCAAAAGGAGAAAGCUUCUUAGCUUUAGCCAUCGGGAGGGCAUGACAGUGUGAAUGCCUGACAGAAAAUUUAACAUUUUGAGCAGAUUUUUGCUUUUAUAGCCUGUGGUCUUAAUCUUUUGAUCAGCUGAUGAACAGCCUAUUUCAGUUUAAUUGUUGUUUUCAAUAAAUUAUUUUAAUUUAUUAUAGCUUUUUGUCUCACUCCCCCUUCUUGUUUUUACAUAUUGUAGCUCUACCUAAAACCUCAUUAAGAUCCAAAUGUGCAAAAUUCAAAUUCUAGCAAUUUUUCAACUGGUCUUAAGAUUUUGACCAGGAGUGUAUCUAAGGAGGAAUUUUGGUUCACUCCAAAUUGUGAUGCUUUCCCUGUUAGCUCCCUCCACAGAUUUUUAUCAAAGUCCAGAGACUGGGCCACUGCAGCAUCAUAACGUGCUUCUUUUUGAGACACAUCUUUGUGCCCUGACAGCAUGAUUUUGGUCAAUGUCAUGCAUGUUCAGUGUUCUAGGUGCAGACAGGAGGUUUUCACCCUAAAUGAUACAGUACAGGGCCCCAUUCAUCCGCCCCUCAAUGCAAUGAAGUCUUUCUGUAUCAAAGCAACAGCCCCUGAGCAGAAUGAUUCCAUCUCUGUGUUUGACAGUCAGGUUGGUGUUGUUGGGUCCCCCAUUUCUGAAUUAUUGCGCUAAUAGUGUCCAAAAACAUGCAUGUUAGGUUAAUUGGCAACUCUAAAUUGUCCAUAGGUAUGAAUGUGAGAGUGAAUGGUUGUUUGUCUAUAUGUGUCCUGCGAUUCUGGCGACCAGUGUACCCCGCCUCUCGCUUGAAGUCAGCUGGGAUAGGUUCCAGCAUACCCCUGCAACCCUAGUGAGGAUAAGUGGCAUAGAAAAUAGAUGGCUGGGUGGAUGUGCCAAUAGUGAUCUCGUCAUCAACAAGCUUCUUAUGGACGGUCUUGUAGCACAUUCCAGUCUUGUGCAGGUUUACAAACGUGUCCCUGAGGUUGACAAGCUAUUUGGGCUUGCCCCUUGUGGUGGAGAGGUUUGAAUGGAAGACACCCUUUCUGUGACAGGUGUCUUUUAUACACGAGUUUAGGAAUACUUUUUAAAGGGACACUGACUAGGGCUCAUUUGUGUCCUUCAUAGGCACAUAACCGGUCUGUAUAAGAAUGUUUGCUAGUUUAUCAAAUACAGUGGUGCCUUGGUUAACGUCAUGAAUCCGUUCCAGAAGGCCAGACUCAAACCAAAGCAAAUUUUCCCAUAGAAAAUAAUAUAAAUCCAAUGAAUCCAUUGCAGACAUCCAAAAAUGUUAACACGAAACACAUUUUAUAGAAAAUAAUUAUAGUUUUUACAUGCAGAAAAUGCAUGUAUUGUGUGUUGGACACAAAAAAACAUCACUUAACAAAAUAAUCCAAAAUAAACACAUUAUUCUGCUGCAACCACAAUUUACAAAAAUGUAAAAAACAUAUCAAACUAAAUAUUAAUAUUCUAGAACCAAUAAACAUAUACGGUGCUGUUUAAUAUACAAAAUUUAAAAACAACAAACCACUGGUGGCAGUGAUGUUGCGGAAGCACGCUGGCGAGGUGGUGACGUAUGCUAUGCUUGACUCGGGACCACUGAUCUAAAAAAAAGACUGGAUCGAGCAACCUAUUGUUUUCACGCGCCAAAAUUUGAAGCCAGAUUUUUUCGAUCGCCGCCAUCUUGGUGAGACCACCUUACGCGCCACAGCUUUGUGAUUGUGCUGGUAUACGAACGCAGAAUUAGUGAAAAAUCAUCAAAAACAUCAGGAGUGCCAGUGAAGGAAGCGAGGAUGAGGAAACACAACUUAAAAAGCACUUCCCAAGAACCUUCCACUCGUAAGUACUUUUACUUGGCACCUUUUUUUGACCUGAUAUAUGUGCCACUACUUGAACGGCUUUGCUUUGAAAAGUUCUCGAAAUGUAACCAAAAGUUAAAGUAUGAACUUUGAUGGGUGGUUUUGCAAGAAUUUUCUAGUUACACCUUCCUGUAACAACUAGGCCUUUUUUUGGUGCCUAGCCUAGCAAUCAAUGAUAAAAUUAUUUCUAUGCAGUUUUUUACAGUAGGCUUUGAGUAUUUGCACUUAUCUAAUGUCUUUUUGUACCAAAAAACAGCUUUUUUAAAAGCUACCACAACUACCAAGUUACAUUAAUUCUGAUACCACACAUGAUUCACGCAAAGGUAGAAGACAUGUGACAAAAUUUCUGCUUUCUUCCUGCCUUAACCUUAUCCUGAGAUAAAAAAAAAAUAAUGGUUUACCGUAGGAAAAUAAUUAGACAAAGAUAGACUUUAAAUUCCGUACGUAAACAAUGUUUGCAGGCUGCCACACAGCCAAUUUUUCGUCCGUCUCGAAGCUAAAAUACAUCUUACUAGCUUGAUAAAUGACACAAAAGCGUAUAAAUCUGAGUAGUUAUUACCUUUAGCAGUUGAUUUUGGUGGCUAUACGAUCAAUCGAAGUUUUACCAGUGCGUUGCCAUACUGUUACCAUACUGCCAUACUGCGAGAUUUCAACCAAAAAAGUUUGAUUGUUAACCGAAAAACGCCCUAACCGGGUCGGACGUUAACCGAGGUACCACUGUAGUAUUUCCCUCAAUCAAAUACAAAUUAAUUCAUAGUCUAGUCAUAGUUUAUUGUUACUUCUUCUUAUUUUAACAUUCUGUCUCUCUCUAGUCCAAUAACCUACUAUAAAAGCUCUGACGGUUAAUAUCUUUGUAAGUGAAUCAAAUACUUGUUUCCCCCACCGUAUAUUUUGUCUCUAAAACAAUUUAAAGUCCCUUCUCGAUGUUGUACAUUGCUCUUAAACUUCUUAACAAACUAAAAGUUACUCUGAGUAUUGCAAUAUACUGGAAAGGGCCAGUGUAAAACACACAGUACACUGGCCCUCACAUGGCGCCAAAUUAGAUGUGCUCUUCUGCACUGAACACAAACUUUCCUCUAUAAAUGAAUGAAUCUGCAAAAGUUCAAGCAUCUUAAGAUAAUGAAGACACUGUAAGAAUUUGUUUUAUUACAUUUUACAUUCAUGAGAUAAUGUUAAAGUCAGGCUAAAACCUCAGUGUAAUACACAAUAAGCAGCGAAAGUCCGCAAAACCUCUUCAUGCAGUCUUCAAAUUCCAAGUGUCUCAUGGUUCUCCCAAAGCCAGGCAUGAUAUUUGUUCAACUUGUGAUCUUCAGGGGUCACCUUUAACAAAAGACAGCAACAACAAAGUUGAUACCCCAACUUUCUGGUAAAAUGUUUGUAAUGAGUCAAUUUAAAACCCACAGAUUUGUCCCUCUCCACAUGAAACACAUUUUAAGUAAAAGUAAAAAACUUAAAACUAGCCUGUCUCCAUUCUUCCACACAGAAGAUCCUGUAGGAAUCAUUGCCGUACUUCCCAAUGCCAUGCAACUCAAUGGGGUAUCGCCAUUGUUUGGUUAGAUAUUCAUCUGCAAGUGAGACCGCAUAAGAUAAUACAUUUAAGGUGUGUUGAGUUAAUGUGACUCAGAAUAACACAAUAGUGGUCAUUCACCUGAGAACCUGAUGAUUAUUUUGGCCCGCACCUCAAACAGACCAAGUGGCUUCAGGAGUUCAGACAUGGCCUUCCAGUCGGCCUGCCGGGCUACCUCUGCAGAUGGGUAACGCUCAAAGAAUUGCCAAAGAACAGGAAUGGCCAUUUUACCUGGAGUAUUUUACAGCAAAUAACGAGACUCAGUGUAUUGUGUAUGUGCAGUGUGUGUGUGUGUGUGUUUUGUGUUGAACCUUACCACUAGUCUUGUUCAGAAAAAUGGUGGCCACCAGUAGCUUCCAUGGGUCAUGGAAGAGGGUUUCCUGUACAAGGUUGAAAGGAGAACGAGGAGGGGUCCACUUCUUGAAGGCCUUCCUGCGAGGAGGACUGAGACCUGCACACAUAUGCUCCUGAUCAGAAAUGACAGUUUGCACUGUUGGUUUUAAGGAGGUUCGACAUAGAGCUUCAAAAUGCAAAAAGAAGAAAUGAAAGUGCCACACAUUUUUUUGGAGUGAGCAACGUAUUGCCAUUAAAGGGAUAGUUCGGCUUUUUUGACAUGAUGUUGUAUGACAUCCCCAUCAGCAGUGUCGUGCUUCAACAGUGACUGACCCCCCACUUCGUCCCAUGAGCAUAGUUCUGGCUGGAUUUCGGUGAUGAGGAAGGCCGUUCCGGUUAGUUCCUGGGGCCGCUUAAGUAAAGAGUUUGGCUUCUCAAAACAAUAUGCGCUCAAAAUAGUACUACAUUUGCAUCACCGAAAUACCUCCUCGAAAACAAUCAGACCUCACAAUUGCUCGGCGUUACUUUCUCUCCCGUCGUAUCACUGGGCGCUGUCGCCUGCCCAUUGUUGUGCAUGUGUUCCACAGUGUUUACAUGCUGUGUCAAGACCACUGCCGCAAUGUGAACGAAAAGCGUCCAGGAAGUGACAUGCAUGCGCAAAAGCACGACAUCACACGCAUUUCCUUAUGUUUACGGAACUAAAUAUUACGGCAGUGUGUAUGCUGUUGUGGCAAUUUCAAAGAUUUUGUGCAACGGGAGUCAAUAUCUUCUCAACCAAAUGAUCCUGCGCAGCAGAUUAAGAAAAAAAAGGGCACGAAUUGUGGGUAAGGCAGUUUGUGGAGUGACGUCUGUUCAGAGGACUUUUAAAAAAUAAUUUUAGGAUGACAAGAGCAGCUUCUGCCUACAUCGGUGAGUACCUUUGUCAAAGUCUCGGUAAGCACGGUAUUACACGUCUUUCGAUGACGUAUAGCUCAGAUAUAUGCGACCUGACCGUUCAUACUGCAGUCGCAUCGCAUACAUAUCGGAUUUAUAUCCGCAUAUGAAUGAGGCCUAAGUCGCAUUGGAAAAAAUCUGAAUUGUGCUGUUCACACGGACAUGAAAAAUAACCAGAUACAGGUCACAUACUGUAUGAGCAAAAAAAUCAGAAUUAACCUGCAGUGUGAACAGAGUGAGCCUUGGAAGCCGAAAGAUGACGGACUUAGAGUAUGUGCAUACCUUCAUUCUUCUUCUAUAGUUUGGUGCGUCUUUUGGUUCCGUCUGCGUCUGUUUACAGUGCCACAUGUAGGUGUGCCCAGUGUAUUACAUCGUCUUCACCCAGUGAUCCGUUCCUGUCUGGAUGCAACUAUUUACUAAUCCGGCACAGUGUGGCAGCGAAGUUUUUUCAAACUGCCAAAAUAAAAAUGCCAGGAUCGAUUCCGUGUGGACAGGGCCUAAAAAUGCAUUGAAGAACACUUCAAUUGCAUUGAAUUACAAUUCCGUUUACAGACUUGAUACUCAAUUUUAUUUAUUGUUUUUAUUUUUGUGUUUGGUUUUUAUUGAAGUGUUAUUUUUUCUUAACAGAGACAGAGUCUGUUUUUUAAUGUUUUUGUUUGUGAUUUUUGUUUAAGCGCCAUUUUUGGUAAAAGAGAAUAACAGUCCAUUUUAUUUUGAUUUGUUUUUUUUGUUUACUUUAUUAUGUUGUUUAAUGUAUUUUAUUUAAAAGCUCUUGACAUUCCAAUUACAAUGUUAAAUACUCUUUGAGAAAUUUGUUUAUUGCUUUUGAUACGGUGUACUCACAUUAUUAUGCCAUAUAUUAUCAUUACGUUCAAGAAAAUAUGGUCUCAAAAUAAUGUUGACAAUAAUAUCGUUUAACAGCAAUAAUUUGUAGAACAAUUUUUGUCCAGACAAAUUUGUUAUCGUGACAGGCCUAAUCUCCACAUAGCCAUCUACCAUUUGACGCCCCUGAAGCUCCAUUGUUCCACCAAAGGAAAAAGCACCCCAGAUCAUGAUGGCCCCCUCCAUUGUGUUGUGUGGAAAACAUCUUAGGUGGGAUCUCCUUGUCAUGCCAGUAGUGUUGGAAGCCCUCAGGACCGUCAAGGUUACAUUUUUUCUCAUCAGAGAAUAAAACUUCCUUUCAUCUUUCAAUGUCCCAUGUUUGGUGCUCUCGUGCAAAUUAAAAACUAGCAAUUUUGUGGUGUUGAAGAAGACAAAGCCUUUGAAGAUGUUUUUUGUUCUUAAAACCCUUCUCUCACAGAUGUUGCGUGAUGGUUAUUGGACUGCACUCGGCACCAGUAACAACCUUCAUUUGGGCCGAGGCUCGUCCCGUGUCUUGACAGACAGCCAAUCGGAUGCUCUGUCUCAGGGCCUGUGGCAUUUUUGUGGGUCUUCCACUUGACUUUUUUGUUUAUAACCCUCAGAACUUUUAAGAAGCUCAAAAUGUGUGUACAUACUUGUGUAUCUUGCUUGCUGCUGUAACAGAUGAA